CUGUGGCCCCGCCCUCUCGCUGUCUCAUCAUCACUGUACGGAACUCAACUCACCUCACUUCAUUACAGAAUAUUAUAGAUACUUAAAUCUGUCAGAUAGACACGACAUUAAAGAUUAAUUAAAGUUUGUUUGUGGAAGUGAGUUUAAAAGCCAUGUUUUGUUGAUUAUUUGAACGUAAUCAUCAAAUCAGAGCAGCAGGUGAAUCGUUUAUUGGGUACUGUUCAUACAUGAUUGCACCUGAUGCCCAUCUGCAUUGACUGCUUCCUGCUCUACUGACCCAUCAUGAAAGCUCUGAUUCUUGUUGGUGGCUAUGGCACAAGGCUACGGCCGCUCACUCUCACUGUGCCCAAACCACUGGUUGAGUUCUGCAACAAACCCAUCCUGCUUCAUCAGGUGGAAGCUCUAGUCAAGGCUGGAGUCCGUCAUGUCAUUCUGGCUGUGAGCUACAUGUCUGAGCUAUUGGAGCGAGAGAUGAGAGCUCAGGAGCAAAGGCUUGGAAUAAAAAUCUCCCUUUCACAUGAAAAGGAACCUCUAGGCACUGCUGGUCCUCUGGCUUUGGCUCGAGAGCUGCUGACUGACAACGAGGAACCUUUUUUCGUUCUCAAUAGUGAUGUCAUCUGUGAUUUCCCCUUUGAUGACAUGCUGAAGUUCCACCAACAGCAUGGCAGAGAGGGCACGAUUGUUGUGACAAAAGUGGAAGAACCAUCUAAGUAUGGUGUGGUUGUUUAUGAAGGGGACACUGGACGAAUACACCGUUUUGUUGAGAAACCACAAGUGUUUGUCUCCAACAAAAUCAAUGCUGGGAUGUACAUCUUCAGUCCUGCCAUGCUGAGAAGAAUACAGUUGCAACCCACUUCCAUUGAGAAGGAAAUAUUUCCUGUCAUGGCAGAGGAGGGACACCUUUAUGCCAUGGAGCUGCAAGGUUUCUGGAUGGACAUUGGCCAGCCCAAAGACUUCCUGACAGGCAUGUGCAUGUACUUGCAGUACGUACGGCAGCAGGCUCCUGAGAGGCUCCGCACUGGUCCAGGAUUCCUUGGAAAUGUUCUUGUGGACCCAACGGCAGUGAUCGGGGAAAACUGUACCAUUGGGCCUAAUGUAACGAUCGGAGCUGGGGUCGUUCUGGAGGACGGGGUGAGAGUAAAGCGUUGUACCAUUCUGAAGGGGGCGCACAUACGCUCCCAUUCCUGGCUGGAGUCAUGCAUUGUGGGCUGGAGCUCAUCAGUGGGGCAGUGGGUGCGGAUGGAGAACGUUACCGUUCUGGGCGAGGAUGUGAUUGUGAACGAUGAACUCUACAUCAACGGUGCCAAUGUUCUGCCUCAUAAAUCCAUCAUAGACUCUGUUCCUGAACCGCGAAUCAUCAUGUGAAAAAACCUUUCAUGCCCCUCACAAAGUGCCCAAGUGCGUGAUUGAAAGGUUAACACUGGAUGACAGAGCGAAUCGGCUGCUGUGCUUAAUGAGCUUGAUGGGAAAGAAAGGUGUUAUUUGUGGAGUAUCUGAAAUAUAUUCAGUUACUGAUUGUAGUGUUUCUACAGGUAAAUCACAUCUGUAGUAGAUGCUCUCCAACUAAAAUGCUGCAUCACAAAUUUCUGACCCGUAAAGUGCUAUUUUAUUAUCCUCUGCAUUGUGUUCUCUAUUACUGACAAUAAGACCAGGACUCACCUUUCUUUGGUACAUUUUGUUGAUUUUGAGACACCAUUAGGCUGUCUAAUAAGUAUGUUUGUAUUCUUUUUCAUUGUUUUUUUGUUUGUUUGUUUUUUUCCAUUUAUAAACGGAGCCAUGUAAUGCUUUCUGGAUAAAACUUGGUGCCUGUAGAAAGAAUAAAAAGUAUGUUUAUGUAUCAUA